GAAGGAAAAUCCGACCAAACGCUCGAAGUGGCGGGAAACCUGAGGGAGAAGAAACCUGAGGGAGAAGAAACCUGAGGGAGAAGAAACCUGAGGGAGAAGAGUAGCUUAUACUGACGACGUUCACGCUGGCUGAUGUAUUUUAGCUUUGCGGAGUGGUUGUCGAGCUUUUCUUCUCCUUGUUAAACCCAAGGGCACCACCGAGAGAGACAGCCUCAGUCACUGUUUGGACUCAUGUGUUUAUCACAGGCAGCAGUUUGGGCUGAAUGACUCUCACACACUGACACUGAACUGCAGUCCGUUUGGUUCUUGUCGUGUUUUCAGAAACCAGUUCUAACAUGGUUCAGAUAGUCAUCUCAAGUAAAAGUGGCGAGUCUCCUGGUGAGUGGCUGCUUGUGGAGUUACAGGGUGAGAUGGUGUCACGACAUGACACUGGACUGGCUGGAAAUCUUAUGGGGGACCUGCAUUACACCAAAGAGGGUGUACCAGUGCUGAUUGUAGGACAUCACAUCCUGUAUGGGAAACAGGUCAAACUGGAGAAACCCUUUGCUGUCCUGAUGAAGCACUCUGGCCUCCCGCAGGAGGAUGAGGUAGCCAUGGAAACUGGCCAGGAGAAGCCUACCUCAUACACUGUCUCUGCUAUUAUCAAAAAGAAGCUGAUCUUUAAAACGCGUCCUAAACCUAUCAUUACUAACGUGCCCAAGAAGGUUUAAUGGCCAAAAGCAAUAUACUGAGGGGCAUUCAUGGUGUCAGCCACUCUGUCUUUUCUGAAAUACACCAGUCUCAGAAAGUGUGGUCUUAAAAUCUUUCCAGAUGAAUCGUUUGAAUACAAGACUGUUCUGUGAGAUCUGGAUAGAGUGUGAAAUAUGAAAAUGGACUGCUGGCAUUCUCUUGGGAUAAAUCCUAUUUGGAUAUGUGUGAUGUUUUGGUUCAUCAGUGCAAAAAUAGAAGUGACGCAGGUACAUUUUCUAGGACAAAGAAUGAUCAGAGUCAGAGAAAAAGUUUAUUUUCAUAAAAACAAUUUGCAGGUGUUAAAGAUCUGCAAAAAUAAACAGUAAAUGUUGCAAUAUUGAUAUAAAACUUUAAAAAAAAAAUCUUUACAUAUUUAACAAUUUACACAAUAAAUGUAAAUGAGUUAAAACAGUAUGCCUGGUGUUCUCAUUCAUUUACACAAAAUAGCAAAUGAAACUUUAACGAUGCACGUUGUCAUUACUGUUGCACAGAAGUGUAGGGCAUCAUGGAACAGUUCAAUAACCCUUACUCAUUUCUGACCCAAAUAUAUUGAAACACAAAAGACCUUCUAAAGUAGAUCACACUUUCUCUAACCAAUAAAACAAUCUUCAUGUUGUGGUGCUUAUUUUACUGGACAAAAAUGCCAUUGUCCAUUGAUGAAAAUACUGCAACACAAAAUGUAAUAACAUGUAGAGUGAUGUGUCAGUAUUCUUGCACUGGUUUAUAUUAGACAUAUACAGUAGAUAUUUAAAAUUAAAUAUUUAAAUAAGUUUUAAAUAUUUGGAACAAUUAGUGAAAUAAUCAUUAAUCCUGCACACUGAACGGACAAAAAUGUAAUUCACGAUCCACCUUAUCUGAAUAACUGAGACCCAAUCAGAUUGAUCAGUGUCUACCUUCAGCUGAAAUAACAUUGAGACUAUACAUAGCUUCAUUAGCUAGCUCACUGGGCAAGCUUCAAUGUGUUUGCCAUGUACUGUGCUUUGGUUGCCCUAAAACCUAAUUAACUAGGCUUAAAAAGUAGUAGCUAACAUAAUUUACCUUUAGUUAUUUAGUUAGUUAAAUGAACCAACUAGGGAUGUGCUUUGAGAUAAUGUUACUCAGAGAAUAUUGAGGUUGAUGGAUGGGAAGGGAAAAAACACUGGUGAACCCUGUAUCAGCAGCUCACUGAAUCUACUAUGUAGACCACUAUGUUUAUUAAAAAAAAAAAAAAAAAACCUGAACACCGGGACAAAAUCUGCUUGUCCUGGGUGUCCAGGCUAGUGAUUU